AGCAGGGGGCAGCAUGUGAACACGCAAGCAGAAGAAGUAGAAGAAGAAGAAGAAGAAGAAGAGAAGAAGAAGAAAGUCAACAGAUGUUGAUGAAGAAGAUGUUCCUUGUGGACGACAAAUGUGACGUCAUUUCCCAGCGCCGACUUCCACCUCUGGAGGUAACUGGAAGGCAGCGUUAGGUCACAUGACCCACCAUCAUGACCACGGGCGCCGCCAAACGCCUGAAAGUAGGAACGUCCUGUCAGCGCCGGCUCGGCGGGGACGAAUGCUCGCUGGAUGAAGACGACGCCCCGGAAUCCAACCUGGUCAUCACCACGGACGAGCAACACGCUCAGGGUGUCAGGAGGAGAGCGGCCAGGAGGAGACGGAAGACUCAAAUGGGACAAGGUGAUGAGAACAAGGAGGAGGCGGGAGGACAGAUGAUUGACAGCCAGCUCGACCAAUCACUGGAGAGCACAUCUAAACAACACAACCUGACCAGCGUCAACGUGCGCAACAUCAUCCAUGAGGUGAUCACCAAUGAACAUGUGGUGGCCAUGAUGAAAGCUGCCAUCAACGAGACGGAGGCCGUGCCGCCAUUUGAGCCCACAAUGACUCGAUCCAAGCUGAAAGAAGUGGUGGAAAAAGGCGUGGUGAUCCCGACAUGGAACAUGUCUCCCAUCAAGAAGAGCAGCGAUGUUUACAAGGUUCACCAGUUUGCAGACAUCCCUCUGGCUGAAGAAGACUCGUCUGAUGAAGAGUAUCGUCCUGAUGAGGAAGAGGAGGAUGAGACAGCAGAAGAUACCCUGCAGGAGAGCGACUUGGAGAACGCGGCGUCGCCCCCUACAGGACGUGCAGUGCAGCGACCGCGUGCUCCCAGGAAGGCUUCUUGCACGCCCUGCAGCCAUUCUACUGCCAUGGCUCCUCCCCGCCUCCCCAAAGCCCCGCCUCCCAAAGUAGUGACGGACACCACCUUCCUGGAGAAGCUUCAUGCUGUGGAGGAGGAGCUGGCUGUGUGCAUGGAACCAUACCAGUGUCAGCCCCUGUCACAGUCAGAGGAGGAAGUGGGGCUCAUGGCGUAUCGGACCCGCUCAAAGCGUCCUCUACGUGACGUCCCGCUGGGACAACUGGAGGCGGAGCUUAGAGCGCCUGACAUCACACCUGACAUGUACGACUGUGGCUCCGCCCCCGAGGACAGAGAGUGGACUGUUUGGUUGAGAAGCUUGAUGAGCUCCGACUUCAACAACAUUGACGAGGAGUGUGAUGAUGAAGAUGACCCAGAGUACAACUUCCUGGCUGACGUAGAUGAACCAGACCAGGAAGAUUACCGUGACGACAAGGCAGUCCGCAUCACCAAAAAGGAAGUGAAUGAACUGAUGGAGGAGCUGUUUGACACGCUGAAGGAGGACAUGAGGGGACAGGAAGUGGAGGAGGACGCUCAUGAAGAGGAGGAGGAGCAACAGGAAGACACACACCUGUGUCACGUGUCCACAGAAGAAGCACAUGUGACACAGGAUGGACCAAUCAGAGAGCAGCGUACAGUCAAGCAGCAGCUGGCCUUCAUCAGGAGCACACAACACACACUCACGCUGGACACACAACACACACACUGUGCACACACACUCACGCUGGAUACACAACACAGGAGCCGACUGAAACAGCAGCUGCAGCAGCACGUCCAAUUGUUGACUCAGAUCCACCUGCUGACUUCACCUGUGGACCAACUUCAGAGUGAAGCUGAAACCACCAGACACUACCUGUUUGAGUUGGAGAUGUUGGCGCAAAGAGGCGAGAUGAUGACGUCAUCGCUCGGCCCCGCCCCCAGCAGCGCCUUCAGAGCAUCCAACCUGCAGGGGGCGCUGGUGCUGCUGGACGAGCUCCGCCCACUUCCUGUCACCUGCCCAGCACGCCCACACACACCUGAUGCUCGCGGCCAAGUGCGCUCCUUCCCCGUCAUGCCCGCCCACCUGGCGUGGAUCUUUGCCACGCGUCCAGUCUUCCUCUACCCUCAACUCCUGCCAGGUGUCAGUCUGGAUCCUGCUCUCUACUGCCCCCGCAGGACUGCUGCCUUCACUGCAGCAGAGGACUGCUUGCUGGUGCUGGGUCUGAGGAACAUGGAGGGGUCAUGUGACCCCACCCGGCUGGUGUCGGACCACCUGCUGGGCAAAGGUGUGGCUCAGGUGAGACGCAGGAUCCUGCAGUGCUGCAGACCUGGCACCCCCAACAACAUGGUCAAGGCCUUCAGGUACCAGCGUGUGCUGCGGGUCAUGCCGCCCACCUGUCGUCAUGGUGACACUUCAGAGCAGCGCCCCCCAGUGGAGAGGGACUUGAACAUCAUGCCUCUGUGGUUGCAGAGGAGUCUUCCGGUUGUCACGGCAACCGCCCAACAAAAUGGCUACCCUCCCCGCUGCCCCCCAAAUCUGGAGUUCCGGCGUGUGGGUUUUGUUCGCCGUGUGUCGACCAAUCAGAAGGGACCAGUUGGGGGAAGCGAGACUCCUCCCCCUCCCAAGUGCCCCGCCCACACCGACAAGCCGACAAGCGACCAGGCGGAGCUUGUCUCGUCAGGACCCCCAGAAAGCUCCGCCUCUCGGUGCCUGAAGCAGGAAUUGUGGGCGUCGUCUCCCAUGGCAGUUUCUGCCAAGAAUGUUUGCACGGGCGCCAACGGAGAAAGACUCGUCACCUGGACCCGCCAAGCAGACCGCGCCAUCCUGACUGCGUGCCAGCGGCAAGGAGCCAGUCCCGGAACCUUCCGCCAAGUCUCCGCCCAGCUGGGAAACAAGAGCGCCCAACAGGUGCGUCUUCGUUUCCACCAGCUGGUUAACCUGUUCCACUCGGCUACCUGCCAGGAACCAGAACCAGAACCUUGCUGACAUUCUGCCGGUCUUUGAAGAAGCAAAGAAUCCUCUGAAAAAUUCACAUUGAAUUGAAAAUAAAGUUUGAUGCUUUUAAAAUAUUCUUUAUUGAAAUAAAAAGUUGCUG